AUGGCUGGUACUUUACGCAGCCGCACCACCUUCCCCCACCCCGCACAAACAGGCCCGCACCCUCCCUCGUACCCUCCCCCGUACCUCCCUCCCCAUCAGCGCACUCCCUCCCCGACCUUCUCCCCCAUCCCCCCAUUGCACCCCCCCCGCUCUCCCUCUCCCGCGCUCUCCCGCUCCCCCGCUCCCUCGCGCGCGCAGGAGGAGCAGCAGGUGGAGGAGCUGCGGACGGAGAUGGCGGUGAUGCGCGCGGUGGUGGGGCACGCGCACAUAGUGGAGGCGGAGGCGGUGUACGAGGACGACGAGCACGUGCACAUGGUCAUGGAGCUCUGCCACGGCGGGGACCUCUUCGACCUCCUCGCGCGCUCCGACCACCUCUCCGAGAGCGACGCGCGCCACAUGUUCAGGGUGCUGGGUGCGCUGGCAGCUGCGUGCUGUGCGCUGUGCACCCUAACCCAUUCCCUCUCCUGGAUGCUGGGUGCUGACGUGCGGCCAAACCGACCCCCUUCCCUCGCCUUACUCCAUUCCCCUGCCCCAACCCAUUCCCUCUCCCCGUCCCCCCACAUCUUCCCCCAAAACUUCCCCAUCCCCCCCAUCUCCCCCUCAUCCACUCCCCCCUGCAUCUCCCCGCAUCACCCCUCCAGGAAGAUAGUGGACGCAGUGGGGUACCCGAACAUCCUGCUCGCCGACGCCUCCGCGCUCAACCCCAAGCUCGCCGACUUUGGCCUCGCCGUGCACCUGCCCCCGGGCGCGCGCGCCGUGGGGCUGGCGGGGUCGUCGUUCUACAUGGCGCCGGAGGUCGUGCAGGGCAUGGCCUACUCCUUCCCCGCGGAUGUGUGGAGCCUUGGAGUGCUGCUUUACAUCAUGCUCUCAGGCAACCCACCCUUCUCUCGACACGUCUUACACCUUUCCUCUGCACAACCCCCCGUCCCUCCUCUGCUUCCCCUCCCUGGCCAGGCAUCAUACCCUUCUUUUGAGACAUCUCAACAACACUCUCCCCUGCCCACCCCCGCGUUCCCCCCUGUCCCCCCUCCCUGGCCAGGCAUCCUACCCUUCUGGGGCGAGACGGUUGAGGAGACGUAUGAGAGCGUGUGCCAGGGGUACCUGGACUUCACGUCACGGCAGUGGCAGCUCAUCUCGCCAGCAGCCAAGGACCUCAUACAGCGCAUGUGCUCCCUAGACCCCCAGCACCGUCCCUCCCUGCACCACGUCCUCUCCCACCGCUGGCUUGCUGCCGCUGCUGCUGUUUCGACUGCCGGUGGUGGCGGUGGUGCUUCGUCGUCCUCCUCCUCCUCCGCCUCCUUCUCAUCCUCCUCGCUCUCCCCUGCUCCCUGCAAGCUCGCUCUUGCCCGCGCCGGCUCGCUUUUCUCUCCCUCCGUCUCUGCUGCUGCUGCCGCCGCCGCCGCUGCUGCCCUUGCUGACUCUGCUGGUGAUGGGUUUGACGCGGACGGGGCGGUGGGUGUAGCGGCAGCAGCAGGCGCUGCUGCUACAGCCACAGCUGGUGCCGCUGAUGCGGCUGCUGCUGGUGGUGGCGGCGGUGCCGGUGGUGCUGAUGGUGGUGCUGUUGGUGGAGGUUCAAGCGCAAGCAAGUAUAGGAGAGCGCAGCCGCGGGGAGAGAUGGCAUUGAAAAGGCGGGUGCUGCCUCUGCGGUCGAAGAGCGGAAUUGACAGUGCUCUCAUGUCUGCCGCCUGGAGAGGGCCUGAUAGGGAUGAUAUUGGUGGCGGUGCUGAUAUGCAUGCAGAGGAGGGGAAGGCGGAGGAUCGGGAGGGUGAGCGGGAGGACGGGGAUGAUUGGGCGGAGGAAGGGGAGGACGCGGCGGGUGAGGGGGGGAUGAGUGCGGAUGGGGAAGGGCGUGGUAGGGGAAGGGAUGGUGCGUGGGGUGGGGGGGCGGUAGAGGGUGAGGAUGGGGGGGAGGAUGAUGGGAUGGAGGAUGCGGAUGAGAGGACGGGUAGUGGGAGGAGGAGGAGGGUGGGCGGGAGGAGAGGAGUGGCAGGUGGAAGCCGAGCGGGGCGGGCGAGAGGGGUCAGUGGCACCGGCGGUGGUGGUUUAACCGCAGGAGCAGCAGCAGCUGCUGCAGCAGCAGCAGCAGCAGCAACGUCGACAGGUGGUCGCAGCAAUGCUGUUGCCGCUGAUACUGGACCGGUGGUGCAUGCACAUGCACCUCACGUCUCCCCACGUGGAACCAGUACCGCUGCCUCUUCUGCUUCUUCUUCUGCUGCUGCGGCUGCGUUGAAUGCGGGGCCGAUGGAGGCUCGAGCAGGCAGUGCAGCAGUGUUGGCAGCAGAAGCAGAGGGCCUAGGCUGUGGCACACCCAGGUCGGGGGGACGAUCAGGCAGAGGGGGAUUGGGUGCUGUGGACAUGGCUGGGGAGAGGGCCGGGGUUGACAGGAGUGGAAGGGAAACCAGGAGUGGGGAUGUUGAGGCAAGCGCGAGCACAGGGGUGGCAGCAGCUGGUGCAGCUGGUGCUGCUGAUGGUGCUGGUGCUGCUGCUGGUGGUGGUGUUGUUGGGGUUUGGAGUCGGGGGGAUGAGAGAAGCAGGGAGGCAGCAGGUGCUGACGCUCGGGCUGGCACUCGGGGCAGUCAACAGCAGCAGCACCUCCAACAGCAGCAGCAGCAGCAGCGGCAGCAACAGGGGCGGCAGGCUCACCACAGGACAGUGCAGCAGCAGCAGGGGAUGCAGAGCAGGACGAAGGCGGGUCGUCCUCCUCGUCCUCGUCACAGCCGCGCCGGCGCCCCACAUACCAGCACAUCAGCAGCAUCGGGUCGUCUCGAGCAGGCAGGCGCGUGUGUGCGCCCGUGCAGCGGCCACGCACAGCCGAGACGAGACCUGGAGGGGGAGGAGUGGGGGGAGUGGGUAGGCGGGGAGGGAGCGCGCUUGCUAGUGGCAUUGGGGGGUCGUAUCUGGGGAGCUCUCCGCUCUCCCCCUGCUCUGUGCGCUCGCCUGGGCAGCCGGGCGGGGGUGCGGCUGCUAGGCUUGUUUCGCCGCCGAGAAGACCGGAUGGAGGAGGAGCGUGUGGGUGGAAGAGGGGGGCGGAUAGGUGGGGGAGGGGCGGCAGGUGGGGGGAGAGGGUAUGUUGGGGGAGGGGUUGGGGGAGGGGGGAUGCAUACAGGAGGAGGGGAAAGAGUAGGUCCGUCUCUGUCUUCUUCAAUGAACCCUCUAAGAAGGGCUAGUAGUGGGGUAGUCGGUGGGUUAAGUGGUGGGGUGACUGUCACCGGUGGGGCGAGUGCAGGGGGUGGUGUGGUGCUUGGGGUGUCCGGGGUUGGGGGUGGGAGAGGUGGCAAGGCAGGGGGGCGGAUGGGUGGCAGGGGCAGAGGGAUGGUAGGGGGAGGAGGAGGAGGGGUGGAUGGGAGGGGUUUACUGGAACGAGAGAGGGCUGGAGAGGAAGGGCGGCUGGAAGAGAGACGGCACGGGAUCGUGGAAAGUGGUGGUGGUGCUGCUGCUGCUGCUGCUGCUGUUGCUGCUGCUGUAACCAGCAGCAGCAUCAGCAGCAGCAGUGUGGGCAGCGGUGCAAUGGGCAGCACGAGUACUAUUGCGGGACAGCGAAGCAGAGGGGGCCCUUCUUUGGGCAUUGCAGCAGGGGCAGGUGGGCAGGGCAACCCUAGGGGCGGCAUGGUGGAAGCUAGGCGGGUGGGUACAGGUGCUGGUGCUGGUGCCAGUGCUGCUGUUGCUACUGCCGGGGGCGGUGCUGCCAUGUUUGACAAUGCUGGCGUGAACCUAGGUGAAGGUGUGUCACGCUCUCCUCCCUCCGGCGAUCAGCACAACAUCACAGAUGCUGCUGGAGGAGCGGUGGGGAGAGGAGGACAAGGAGGGGCGGUUCUUGAGAUGUCUCAAAAGUCGCGCUAUCCUCCCUCUGGCGAUCAGCACAGCUUCACAGAUGGUGCUGGAGGAGCGGUGGGGAGAGGAGGACAAGGAGGGGCGGGAGGGGGGCAAGGAGGGGGGCAAGGGCACCAUUACCAGCAGCAGCAGCAGCAGCAGCAGCAGCAGCAGCAGCAGCAUCAGCAGCAGCAACACCAGCAGCAGCAACACCAACAGCAGCAGCAGCAGCAGCAGCAGCAGCAGCUGAUCUCAGCAACCGUUUCCUCCCCAUGGGCUGCCUCUGCGCAUCUCACACCAGUCACAGAGCAAGACUCAGACUCAGUCAUGAGCGCCCAAACGAGCUCGCAAGCAGCAGAGCUAGCAGCGGCGACAGCACGGCUGCAGAGGGCUAAUCAAGCCAACCGCGGAGCCCCCUUCCGCCGCCAGAGCUCCGCUUCCCCCAGGGACUCGCGCUGGGCGGUUGGGGUAGGGCUGGGCGGAGCAGCAGGUCCCGUGUCCAGGUUUGGGGCUAGGCUGAGCUGGGAGGGGCCGAGUGAAGGGAAAGCGUGCGGGGCUGAUAGGGGCUUUGGUGGUGGGGAAGGGGGAGCGGUUGGAGGGUGGAUCGAUGGGUUGAGUGGGUUUGGAAGAGGUGGGAAUGUGGAGGCGAAGGGGCGAUUGAUGGGUGGGGGUGUUUCCGGUGGUGGGGGUGCUGGUGGUGGGAUGAGAGGCAGUGUAGGCUCGCCCGCGGGGAAAGCAGCAGGGGGGCAGUAG